AUGCCUCGCCGCCAAGUCCAACCUCCUCAGUCCAGUGGCGAAGAGUUCGACUCUCCAUCCAGUGGCGAAGAGUUCGACUCUCCAUCCAGCGGAUCAUCGAGUUCGGAUGAUUCUGGCCCCGAGAAUGAUCUCCUUUCUCUUGGUGGAGCGGCACAUGUUCUGGCUGUCAGCUCAAAUCCUACAAGAGAAGAGUAUGACGAGUUAUUGUGUGGCAAGCGCGACAAGGAAGUCCGUCAACUUCGUGAAGAGUUGGCGACGAUCAAGGUCAACCAGCCGAAGCGCUCGCGACAUAGUCAAGGCACCAGUGGGUAUCCUCCAAUUAUCGCGAAGCAUGAAGAGGAGAUCGCGUCGAUUGGUCGAAUGUUCAGCCUCACCUGCGAGAUGUUCCUUCCUAACGACUACAAUACGGUCAUUAUCAACAGUUCUCGUCCCCAACAGAGUCUUGUCAACAGCCCCCAGAGAUAUGUUACAAAGGCAGCUGAGGAAGCCGGCGUUUUAUCGGAAAUGUAUGAGACGGUUCCCGAACGCUUUCAUGGUUUGAUGAGAGAGCACAGUCAAUUCGGGGUCUUGUUUUGCAAUAAACACCGUAAAGUUCGCUCAACCUUUCUCAAAGAGCUUCGCGACAAGAUCAUUCCGAAGAUAUUUGGCGCUGAAAUUCCUGAUGUGGCGAAUCAAAUUGGUGCCAGCCACGCUGCCAAGCAGGCGAGCAACAACAACUUCCGGGAGCUUCUGCGUUGGGACAUGACACGAAAUAAGUAUCCCAAGUUUGCUCCCAUCUUAUAUGCUGCCCGAGAAUCAGACAGACGCCGUAUCGAUGAUCGAACUAAAGUUUUCAUGAACCCUCAGCUUGUUUUGGCUCUGAAAGGUUUGUUAAAUGGUGCUGCGUCAAUCACAAAGGUCGGCAAAUACGCGAAGCCAAAAACACGUGCCGCCUUAUGGGGGCUUCUUGGUGUGACACCUGGUUCUAUUGCCAGCAUCGCCAUUCUGGUUCGUUUCAUCUUCUCUCCUGAUCCCGAGCUUUCCGCUGGGAAGGGAGCUGUCACUGGUAUCGACUACAGCAAAGAUUUCAGCUCGUACAAGAUGUUUAUUAUUCAGAAACUCGACACCCCAUACGGGAAAGCACUAUUCGAUCUCUACAACCAGAUCAUUUUCGGUUCGGCUACAGUGAAUACGAUCGCAAAUGAUCUGGGAGACGGGGACGAAAGCAGUGGCAUCGAGGAUGCAACCAAUCAAUUCGACACACUCUCCCUCGCCCCUCCUGAACUUGCUACUCAUGGUAGUAUCGAACAAGAUGCUCUCGCCACUUCCCUUCCCGCCAGUCCUAACGUUGAACAAAGAGUCAUCAGCGCUGGACCAUCGCAGGAGCACAGCCGUGGCAAUCGGGUGUCUGAUGUCGCACAGGAACAGCUGCUUUCAACAACACAUCAUGCGGCUCCAUCUACGUUGGUCACACCAGAAGCCAGGGUUGUAGAGAAGUCAAAGAAAGGGAAGGCAAGGGAGAAGGGACCUGUUCAGGACACAGCGGCGGAGGUUGUUGAGGCUGUACCAGGUACUCGCAAGCCUCGCAAACCACGCGCGCGCAAAACUUAG